UUACGUUAUUUUAGGUAGGUAGCCUAGUAGCAAACUUAACCCUAGCUAGCUAUGUUAUGGACAACUAGCUAGCUUGCUAACGAUUGGUUAGUAGUUGCUAACCGCAUUAACCUAGUUAGCAAAACACAAUAAAAAGUUACAUCUAAAUAGCUAACUUUAGAUACAUCGCCAAAUACGAUUUAGGCGUUUGUUGUCAUUUAGCUAGCUAUCUAGCUAUGAAGUUGGCUGGCUAGCUUGGUCAGAUCAGUUGAAUGGUAAUUUGUAUAGCCCAUGUAUGUAUUGGAAAGACACGGGUAGUCGCAAAUUGGUGAAUUAUAUUUUUUUUAGCAGCGAGUCUGUUUCCCGGGUGGGUUUGAAAUAGAACUUACAGUAUUUAUCAAUAUUAAAUAAAUGACUAAUUGCUGCUGGUGACUGGUUGGACCGUAAAGUGACGUUGACUUUCCUUUUUAAAAUAAGUUGUUCUGUCAGAUAUCUAACAAUCGACUGUUUUCAGUUUAGAGAUUGUCAUCAGGGCUUUUUGAUGAGUUUGUUUUUGUAGUUUAUUGGUGCAAAAUGGAUGUUAAGAUAGAGGACGAUGAAGCAGAGAGAUCCCAAGUAACCAUUUGGUCUGAUUCAAUUAAUUCCUGUAUAGAUUACCCACAUUCUCCAGUGUCAGGAAACACCGAAACAAGUUAUCUGGAAACCAAAUCCGAUUCAACAUAUGAACAUAACUAUACAGUGAUCCAAACUACCAACAAUUUAUCAGACAGUUAUUUUAUUUCUGAGAUUGAUGUAAAGCUUGAGGAGAAUGACAUGGGAAUAUCCCCAACUGUCCCAUGGUCUUCGUGUUCCUAUGUGGGUUUACCAAAAGAGCAUUCACAUGUACCUUCCAUCAGUUCCCAAACAACAAGUCAAGGGCAGAUUUUACGUCUUUUCCCUGAAAAGACAGGCCCAAGUGAUGGGGAGAAUAAUGCUGUCAAAGUGGUUUAUUUCUGUAAUGCCCAAGAUCCCGUUAGCACAUCUGAAGGGCAUUUUCUCAAAGAGGAGUCAUGGCAUGGAUCACCGUCCAGUGAUAUUCCCAUAGCAAAUGCAUUCACCCUCUGUGGUUCAUUUGAAGCUCAAAUCAACCCAUCUUCACAGGUGUUUAGCGUAAACCAAACCCAGACCAAUAAUGAAUUGCCAUUGCCUGCUGACAAUGUUCAUCUAGCAAGAUAUAGUCCUGACACUCCUUCUGUGCUAACCUCGCCUGCUACAGAAAGCGGCUGCAAUUUAGCUGUAUCUACUAGAUCGAGGCCUAUUCUUUCCGAUUGUGAGCCGUUCAACUUUCCUUCUGAUGAAGAUGAAGACUACAAUGGCGACGAAAGACGAAGACUGCAAUGCCAAAAAACGAUAGAUGAGUAUAUACGGCAGUGUCGUGUCAGUUACUCAAGAAAAACCCCAAGACAGUUUGGAAGGUUUUUGAAAGUUCCAUACCAGAAGUGCAAAGAACUGGGUGUAGAUUUCAAUGUUGGAUCUGGAGCGAAACAGAAACUUGAUCGUCAUUUACUGACAAAUGGUGUAAUGGUUGAGGUGUCUCAAUAUGCUAGAGAGAUUAGUAGAGCUCACCAGCAUGUUAUCUAUGAUAUUCUAGAAUACAACUUUGAUCUUGGUGUUGGUAAUGUACGAUAUGAAUUUUCCUCCCGGACUUUGUUAAAACUAAAAGAAAUGAAAAAGAAUCACAGGUGGACACAACCUGGGUGGUUAGCAGAAGUGUUUGAACUUCCUGAUCCAAAGACACUCAAAGCAACCAACUCCUCUCUUAAACGGGCAAGAUCCAAUUUGCAUAGCAGCGUCUCAGAAAAUCGAACACCCUUUGACGUCUGUAUAAAGGAGGAGUCUGUUGUGGACUUGAUAUCUCCUCCGCAUGUGAAGACUGAAAGCCUCUUUACUGAGACAGUUUUAACACGGUGUGCGGAUGAGACUGCACUCCUUGGCCCUGAAAAGGGACCUAAUGAAAAAUGCACAAAGGAUGAGGCUGAUCUGGAUGUGAUCUAUCCUCAACAUGUCCAGACAGAAACCAUCUUCACUCAGACAGACAUAACAAUGAAGCAAUCCUUAAUGAUGCCCACACUAGAAGAAGCAUUGGAGUACCUCUACCCUCUCUGUAAGGAAAAAGGACUUGACCUGGAUGUGAAGUCUAAAUGUGUGAAAAUGGAUAAACUUGACUUGCAUCUAUUGACCAGAGAUGUCAUGUUCGAAUUGGCUGAUUUUGCCUCAGAUGUGUGUGGAACUUACAGGCAGGUUGUCUGUGAUGUUCUAGAACAAAAUUUUGAUCUGGAUUUACAAAGUGGGAAAACUGAGCUCGCUGAAGAUAUUAUGCUUCAGCUACACGCUUUGUUGAAAAUGACAGAUAGACAAAAGCGAGUGAGAUGUGGAUAUGACAAGGAUACUUUCAUGAAAAAACGACCCAAACAUAAGAAUCCCGCAGGGAUUUUCCGUAGACUGAAUUUCACUACAGCAACACUUGUGCCAAAAUACCGAAGGCUGAAAGAAGUAACAAAAAGGAGGAGGUUGGCUUUAAUGAAGAAAAAAAAAGAAAUGGACACGUUAAUAGCCAGGGCGUCGAAGGGAGGCAAUUUGCUGGAAGUCAAGCUAGAGAGCAUCUCUGAUAAGAUUGACCUUGCACUUUGUGCUGAUGAAACAAAGCAAAAUGUUACCAACUUAGAACAUUCAAAUGUGACGUUUAACACUAAAGAACUGGUGAAAGACUGCUACCCACUCUGUCAUGAAAUAGGUCUGCGCCUUGAUGUUGCAUCCAAACCUGAAUUCACUCACUGUGGUUCAUUUGAAGCUCAAAUCAACCCAACUUCACAGGUGUUUAGCGUAAACCAAACCCAGACUAAUAAUGAAUUGCCUUUGCCUGCUGACAAUGUUCAUCUAGCAAGAUAUAGUACUGACACUCCUUCUGUGCUAACCUCACCUGCUACAGAAAGCGGAUGUAAUUUAGCUGUAUCUACUAGACCGAGGCCUAUUCUUUCUGAUUAUUGUGAGCCAUUCAACUUUCCUUCUGAUGAAGACGAAGACUACAAUGGCGAUGAAAGACGAAGACUGCAAUGCCAAAAAACGAUAGAGGAUGAGUAUAUAAGGCAGUGUCGUGACCAUUACUCAAGAAAAACCCCAAGACAGUUUGGAAGGUUUUGGAAAGCUCCAUACCCGAAGUGCAAAGAACUGGGUGUAGAUUUCAAUGUUGGAUCUGGAGCGAAACAGAAACUUGAUCGUCAUUUACUGACAAAUGGUGUAAUGGUUGAGGUGUCUCAAUAUGCUAAAGAGAUUAAUAGAGCUCACCAGCAUGUUAUCUCUGAUAUUCUAGAAUACAACUUUGAUCUUGGUAUUGGUGAUGAAGUACGAUAUGAUUUUUCCGCCCGGACUUUGUUAAAACUAAAAGACAUGAAAAAAAAUCACAGGAGGACACAACCUGAGUGGUUAGCAGAAGUGUUUGAACUUCCUGAUCCAAAGACAAUCAAAGCAAGAGACUCCUCUCUUAAAUGGGCAAGGUCCAAUUUGAUUAGCAGCGUCUCAGAAAAUCGAACACCCUUUGACGUCUGUAUAAAGGAGGAGUCUGUUGUGGACUUGAUAUCUCCUCCGCAUGUGAAGACUGAAAGCCUCUUUACUGAGACAGUUUUAACACGGUGUGCGGAUGAGACUGCACUCCUUGGCCCUGAAAAGGGACCUAAUGAAAAAUGCACAAAGGAUGAGGCUGAUCUGGAUGUGAUCUAUCCUCAACAUGUCCAGACAGAAACCAUCUUCACUCAGACAGACAUAACAAUGAAGCAAUCCUUAAUGAUGCCCACACUAGAAGAAGCAUUGGAGUACCUCUACCCUCUCUGUAAAGAAAAAGGACUUGACCUGGAUGUGAAAUCUAAAUGUGUGAAAAAGGAUCAACUUGACUUGCAUCUAUUGACCAGAGAUAUCAUGUUAGAAUUGGCUGAUUUUACAUCAGAUGUGUGUGGAACUUACAGGCAGGUUGUCUGUGAUGUUCUGGAACAAAAUUUUGAUCUGGAUUUACAAAGUGGGAAAACUGAGCUGGCUCAUGAGAUUAUGGAUGUGUUAGGAUCAGUUUUGAGGAGAAGGACACAGUUACAAGGUCAAAGGAGAUGUGAAUUUUACAAGGAUACUUUCAUGAAAAAACGUCGCAAACAAAGGAAUUCUGCAGAGAUUUCCAAUAACCAGAAGGCCACUACAGCAACACUUGAGCCGAAAUACCAAAGGCUGAAAGAAGUAACAAAAAGGAGGAGGUUGGCUUUAAUGAAGAAAAAAAAAGAAAUGGACACGUUAAUAGCCAGGGCGUCGAAGGGAGGAAAUUUGCUGGAAGUCAAGCUAGAGAGCAUCUCUGAUUAAGAUUGACCUUGCACUUUGCUGAUGAAACAAAGCAAAAUGUUACCAACUUAAACCAAUCAUAUGUGACGUUUAACACACAUGGGUGUAAGAGUGCUACCCGAUCUCUCAUGAAGUAGGUCUGGACAUUGAUGUUGCAUCCAAACCUGCACAAACGAAACUGGAAUUGAAUUUACUGACUAACAGUGUUGUUAUCGAGGUUCAUACAUACUUGCGUAAGAAUCGUUGAGGUAAGAUUGGAUUGGAAAAGAUGGGUGGGUAUUUUGUUUGCUCUCUGAUAUUCUAGAAUACAAUUUUGAUCAUAGUUUGCAAAAUCAGAGACGUUAUCAAUUUCUAUUAUGGAUUUCGAGUAAAGUGACGGUUCGGAAACACAAACCUGAGCUCUUGGGAAAGGGUGAAAUGUCGAAAGAAGUGUUCAUAAUACCAAGUGUGAUUUCAAAGCCGUGCAACAAAAAACAAACCCAGUGCUUUCAGAUCAUUUUCCUAAAAGAAUGUCAAAGAAAUCUCAGGGGAGAAAAGAAAUGGAACAAGAUGCAAGACUGGUAUAUCCUAAUCAUGGCCAACACUAUCGCCACGAAGAGCAUUUAAUCAAAGAUUGUUCAUGGAAUGGCUCAACGCCCAUUGAUAUUUUGACAGGAAAUGUAUUCAGCCUCCCAGAAUUGUCACUACGCAUUGCAGAAAAGGGUUAUUUUGAAAGUCAAGUCAACCCAACUUCAGAUAUUUAGCCAAACACCAACUGAACGACAACAGCAGGCCAACAAUCUCCCAAAAUAUGGUACUGCCGUACCUUUUGUGCUAUCCUCAUCUGCUACAGCAAUCGGCUGUAAUGUAGAACUACCUACUAGUCCUCCUCUUCCAGCCAAUUGUAAAUCAUUUGAACUUUCCCUCUGAAGUCUACAAUGUCAAAAAUUCAGAGGAUGAGUAUGAACUCAGCAGAAAAAGAAACGUCCUCUCACUGUCGACUGCAUUUAUUUUCAGCAUGUGUAAAUAUUUGUAUGAACAUAACAAGAUUCAACAACUGAGACAUAAACUGAACAAGUUCCACAGACAUCUGACUAACCCGUAAUGGAAGAAUGUGUCCCUGAACAAGGGGGUCAAAAGUAAGUCAGUAUCUGGUGUGGCCACCAGCUGCAUUAAGUACUGCAGUAAAUCUCCUCACCAGAUUUGCCAGUUCUUGCUGUAAGAUACCCCACUCUUCCACCAAGGCACCUGCAAGUUUACAGACAUUUCUGAGGGGAUUGGCCCUAGCCCUCAUCCUCUGAUCCUUCAGGUCCCUGACGUGCUCAAUGGGAUUGAGAUCCGGGCUCUUUGCUGGCCAUGGCAAAACACUGACAUUCAUGUGUUGCAGGAAAUCACGCACAGAACGAGCAGUAUGGCUGGUGGCAUUGUCAUGCAGGAGGGUCAUGUCAGGAUGAGCCCGCAGGAAGGGUACCACAUGAGGGAGGAGGAUGUCUUCCAUUUAACGCACAACUUUGAGAUUGCCUGCAAUGACAACAAACUCAGUCCGAUGAUGCUGUGACACACCGCCCCAGACCAUGACGGACCCUCCACCUCCAAAUCGAUCCCGCACUAGGGUACAGGCCUCAGUGUAAUGCUCAUUCCUUCGACGAUAAAUGCGAAUCUGGGGUUUGUGCCCAACAUUGUUGCACAAACCCCAAACCCAACAACUGGGUUUGUGCCCAACAUUGUUGCUGGUGAUGUCUGUUGAGGACCUGCCUUACAACAGGCCUACAAGCCCUCAGUCCAGUCUCUCUGUCUAUUGCGGAUAGUUUGAGCUCUGAUGAAGGGAUUGUGCGUUCCUGGUGUAACUCGGGCAGUUGUUGUUGCCAUCCUGUACUUGUCCCGCAGGUGUAAUGUUCAGAUGUACCGAUCCUGUGCAGGUGUUGUUACACGUGGUCUGCCACUGUGAGGACGAUCAGCUGUCCGUCCUGUCUCCCUGUAGCGCUGUCUUAGGCGUCUCACAGUACGGACAUUACCAUUUAUUGCCCUGGCCACAUCUCCAGUCCUCAUGCCUCCUUGCAGCAUGCCUAAGGCACGUCCACGCAGAUGAGCAGGGACCAUGGGCAUUUUCUUUUGGUGAUUUUCAGAGUCAGUAGAACGGUGUCUUUAGUGUCCUAAGUUUUUAUAACUGUGACCUUAAUUGCCUACAGUCUUUACGUUGUUAGUGUCUUAAUUACCGUUCCACAGCUGCAUGUUCGUUAAUUGUUUAUGGUUCAUUGUGCAAGCAUGGGAAACUGUGUUUAAACCCUUUACAAUGAAGAUCUGUGAAGUUAUUUGGAUUUUUACGAUUUAUCUUUGAAAGACAGGGUCCUGAAAAGGGGACAUUUUCUUUUUUUUCAGAGUUUAUUUGUCAGUGUCGUCAGUUGCUCAACCUUUCCCAAAAUGGGCUGGAAGAUAUUUGAAAGUGCCAAGAAAUAGGCUUAGAAUUAAUUGAAUGUCGGAACUGGAGCAAAAUAUAAUCUUGAUUUGCAUUUUUACUGACUAAUGCUGUAAUGGUUGAGGUUUCGGAUUUAAGUAAGUGGAUUAGUAGAGCUUGCCAACAUGUCUGAGAUAUUGUAGAGUACAACUUUGAUCUUCUUUUGCAAAAAUGCGUAACGAUAUUACUUUAAAAAUGGACAGAAGCAAGAUUCAUUAGAAGAGAAGAACCUGGGUGGUUAACAUAAUUGUUUGAACUUCCUGAUCCAAAGACAAUGAAAGCAGGACAAUACUCUCUUACAUGGGCAAAAAGCUAUUUGCAUACAGUGCCUUCGGAAAGUUUUCAGACCCCUUGACUUUUUCCACAUUUUGUUAAGUUACAGCCUUUUUGUCAAAUUGAUUAAAUUAAACAAUGUCCUUAGCAAUCGGCGUUCAAAAGUGCUACCCACGCUGCAAGGAAAUGGGCCUGGACCUCGACGUUGCAUCCAAAACUGCAAAAAAACGAAACGCAAAUUUCAGUUACAGGUAAUGGUGUAAAUAUUUAAUAAUAGAAUGGAAAAAGGCUAAAGGAUAUGCGUCUUUUCUCUAUGAUAGUCCAGAAUACAUUUUUAAUCUUAAAGUAGAACUGAUAGCGUUUUAGCAAUAUGCAAUCUUAGAUCUGUUCAUAUACAUCCCAGGAAGAUUAUAUAUAUUUUUAAACGUUUUCUGACACGUGAUCACUUGUAGAUAUGGUCAUUUUUAUAAAUUCAUUGAAUGUUUGAGAAUGAAGUAUAGUAAGGCAUUUGUGAAAAUUCUAUAAGAAUAUUGUCAGAGGACAGACCCAGUUUUUGAAAUUAUUUUUAUUGACUGUUCAACUCAAUCUGAUCUUGGACAGUUUUUUUUUUAGUUUACCAGUGAUUUUGUGUAGCCUACCACUUCGCGGCUGAGCCGUUGUUGCUCCUAGACGUUUCCACUUCAAAAUACCACUUACAGUUGACCGGAGCAGAAAUUUGACAAACUGACUUAUUGGAAAGGUGUCAUCCUAUGACGGUGCCAUGUUGACAGUCACUGAGCUCUACAGUAAAGCCAUUCUACUGCCAAUGAUUGUCUAUGGAGAUUUUAUACACCUGUUAGCAACGGGUGUGACUGAAAUAGCCGAACCCACUUAUUUGAAGGUGUCCAAAUACUUUUGUGUUAACGGUUAAGUCUUUGAAUAGUGGAUUUUGCAGAUUCCCUUGGCCUCCUGUUGGUUCAAUUUGUUCUUGCUGUGGUUUAUUUCUAGCCUUUUUUCUUUCAACGACAUGUUCAUUGACGAGCCUAACUUUUCUACCGUUGAAAGCCUCUGUAGAUUAACCUUCUGAUCUUUCUUUUUUGAUGUAAAUAAGGCGAACAAUGAUAUUUUUGAUAAUUUAAGAGUUGGCCUAGGCAUUGGUAAAAAACCUAUGGAUCAUGUUUUUCUUUUUGUAAGUUUGUUUUUCAGCCAUUUUUGGAGUGACUUAUCUGUGGGCUAGUUCUUUUUUUCUUUUUUUUGAGGAGGAGAGAUUAAGAAAACACAGCUUCAACACUUGCUUUGCAGUUACCCAUACUUUUCUCUUAUACGGUCAACUAUGAAGUGAAAGUAUUUUUAAGGACACUUUCAUUGACAUUCUUAGGUGUACCUCUGACACCUGUUGCAUCACAAGGUAUGCAAGUAAAUGUGUGACAGAUGCGCAUUGCAGCUUUUUCUACUGCUUGCCAUUCAAACUUUAAAACAUGCAAACCGGUCUGGAAUGGUGUGCUUGUAUACAGUGUUUUGAUACCAGUUAUUCUAGAGCCCGACGGAUAUGGGAUUUUUGUAUCCAAUUUUAGAGGGGAAAUAUUCACAGAUAAUUGAUAUUGGGCCUAUAUUUUUAUGAUUUUAGCUGGAAUGAAACAUUUAAAUGUUUUCUGUAUGGAUUGUGAUUAAAAAGAUACUCAAAGAACAUUUAAUGUAAGCACCACAGAAAAAUUAGGAGCACCAGAAAGAUGCAGGAAAGAAAGUAAAUACAAAAUGUACUCUAGUGAAAGGAAGAUAUACCGCCCUGAUUCCAGGAAACAACAUGAGCCUCUGAAGACUGAGCGGCCCCAUGCCAGAAUGAGGCUAGUAUUCCAUUUGUAGGGCUGUAGCCACUGGUAGUUGUCACUUGCAAGAUACAAAAUUUUACGCUGGCACUGUGCUGCCUCUCGCCCCUAAGUGUUGCUUCAGUGAAUGGUCCUUGCUAUCCGGGAUCCGUGAGACAUCGCUACCGCAUAGUUUUGAAACACCAUGUAAACACUGAGAAUGUAAAGCAACUUUUUUUUUUGUCUACCUGGCGUUUUUGUUACCUUUUUUUAGACAAAUUAGUGAAUGGUCUUUGUUUAUUUUUUUAUAUAUUUUUUUCAUUUUGACUCCUAUCCAAGUGCUUACAGUUUCGUGGAUGUUUUUGUGAUAUUCAUUUUUCUGAGCAGAUGUUCGUUUCAGCCAUUUUUGGAGGUUGAUUUAUUUAGUUUAUUUUUGCUUUUUUAUCCUGGGAGGAUUAACACAUUUUUUGAAGAAGUCUUCAUACUUCUUCCAUUUGUGGACUGCCUCAAAGGAGUUUCUUUCUGGCAUACUUUGGAGUGUCUUUGGAACAAAGGGUGCUGAGUCUCUGUGUCAACCGGCUGAGCAUGCGCCCCAAAAGCAGGAUGGUCUUUCUGUCCUCUGCCAAGUUUGAUGGAACUCUACAGAAACUACCAUGGUGGUUUCCAGCUUCAGCCAGACUGGGACAGACUGGGAAGGGGAAACAAGUGAACAGAUAUUCGCCAGGGCAAUCGCAGAAUGGUCACCAUGGAAACAUACCACCUGUACCAGUUCAGGACAUGAGAUCGCCACGUUGACCAUCUUUAAGACGAAACAGUCUCUGGGUAUCAGUAUCUCAGGUGGGAUGGAGAAUGAGAUGAUGUUUCCAGAAGGAGCUGCCUCUACCAGUAACGUUCUGAUGCUUCUUUAGGAGCUCACUGUAAUAUUCCGGCAGCUCAUGCUUUAAUCCAAGCUGAGCCAUAUAAUACAAGGCGUGGUAUGAGCUGGUUUCAGUGGACGGUGAGUCUCUGCAGCGUGUGACCCAUCAGCAUGCAGUGUUCAGUAACAAGGCCAAAGACCCCGUUGUGUUUGUCAAGAUCCUCAAGGGACCAGCUGACGUGCAUCAGAGGAGUCCACUGUCAGGCUUACACAAGUACUACACACAGUAUUUUUAUUGAACCUUUAUUGAACUUAAAACUAGUCAUUUUAAGGACAAAUUCUUAUAUACAAUGACUGCCUACACCGGCCAAACCCGGACGACGCUGGGCCAAUUGUGCACCGCCCUAUGGGGACUCGCAAUCACAACCAUAUGUGAUCCAUUCUGGAUUCGAACCAGAGACUGUAGUGACGCCUCUUGCACUGAGAUGUAGUGCCUUAGACUGCUGCACCACUCGAGAGCUCAGUACUGCUGGCCUGUCUACAAGAAUGCUCUGAGGUGCAGUUCACCCAUCCACUGGAAAUGGAAAUGAUUUGAAAUGGUGGUGUUCAAACCAGAACGCAUGUUGACUUAAAGAGGAGGAGGAUUCCCCUGACGCAGAUGGUUCGCUCCAGCUAGGCUGCAAUGGAAGGGAAUGGUCUAUUCCCAGAGGAGAGGAGCAUGGGUACCUCGGGACCAAUAAGCAUGGGUACCUCGGGACCAAUAAGCAUGGGUACCUUACCUGGGACCAAUAAGCUUGCUUCUCCUCUAGGGCAAAAAGGUUCAUGGUUGUUUGCAUAGCAAACAGGAAAUACUGCAAAAUUAAAAUGUUUUUUUUUACACAUGUGGGACUACUGUGCUUGCUUUGUGUAUAACAAUAAUGUGAUAAAUAGUAUUUAUCAAAGAU